ACAUGCAUCAAAGAUGGAACAGAUGUCAAUGUUGAUAUUUUUAAGGUGAUAUUUAUGCCUAUCAAGGGAGAUAAUGAUAAAUUCUACCGUGCAAAAUGUUAUAAUCAUCACGAAAGUUGAGUACUACCGAUUUCCCUCGACUUAACUAUCACAUUAUUGUUUUGCUAAACACAUUUGCCUCCAAAAUCGUGGUUAUCGUCAUUUGGAUUCGGGGCGAUAGCGAACUGUAGAAGGAAGUUUAUUUGGGCUGUGACAACUUUUUGGCCUGCGCGAGUUCCUCCGGCACGGCGGUAAAAGUUUUCUUCGGCGCGACGAUUGAAAUCACUUCAGUUGCGCUUCAAACCGAUUCAAAUUUCCAUCUAAAUUGCUGUCGUAUUCCGGAGGACGCGCGGCCCACGCGUCUCGGGACCUUCCACCAAGUUUCCCGCCACUUUUUCGACCGCCUCUGUGCAUGAUUGUGUAUUGUAAAUCGUCGCAGGAUGUUUCCCAGCUUUCCUUUGGGCCUGACUUUCGUUUUUAUCAGUCUGAAGUGCAGCUCGUCCGUGUCCUUGACGAAAUUGAACCGAAUCCCCCAGAGAAACAAUCACCAGAACAUUUCAUCUCUCUUAGAUAACCUUCUUAGAGGUUACGAUAAUAGUAUCCGGCCUGACUUUGGAGGGCCACCAGCGGUUGUCGAGGUAGACAUCAUGGUCAGAAGCAUGGGCCCUAUUUCUGAAGUUGACAUGACCUAUUCAAUGGACUGCUACUUUCGACAGUCUUGGAUAGACAGGCGGCUAUCGUUUUCAGGCGAUGAAAAUGACACGUUGGCACUAAGCAUCACCAUGCUGAAGAGGAUUUGGAAACCCGAUACAUACUUCUACAACGGCAAACAGUCUUACCUUCAUACGAUUACAACUCCGAAUAAAUUUGUCAGGCUGUACCAUGACGGUAGAGUUUUAUACUCAUCGAGAUUGACAAUAAAAGCUGGAUGUCCGAUGAACUUGGAAGACUUUCCUAUGGAUAUACAGAGAUGCCCCCUUAAAUUUGGAUCGUUUGGCUACACUACCCACGAUGUCGUCUACCGCUGGAACGAAGCCCGUCAAGUUGCCAUCGCCGAGGAUAUGAAAUUAUCUCAGUUCGAUUUGAUUGCGACCCCAGCGGCGAAUCAGACCGACACUUUAUUUAGUAGCGAUGCAAAAUCGGCUGAAUUUUCAAUGUUAUUGGUAAGUUUCCAUCUUCAAAGACACAUGGGCAACUUUCUGAUUCAGGUGUACGGACCGUGCGUGCUGCUAGUGGUUCUCUCGUGGGUAUCCUUUUGGUUAAAUCGUGAAGCUACUGCGGAUCGUGUUUCAUUAGGUAUUACCACGGUGCUGACUAUGACUUUUCUUGGUUUGGAAGCAAGAACUGACCUACCUAAAGUACCAUACCCAACAGCAUUGGAUUUUUUCGUUUUCUUAGCAUUUUCCUUCAUCUUUGCUACUAUUAUACAGUUUGCAGUAGUCCAUUAUUUCACAAAAUAUGGUUCCGGAGAAUGUUAUUUUAGCAGUGAUUUCAAUUCCGAAUCGAGUUCCAGUGACGAUGACAACUGGGAACGACGUCGCACUGCAUCAGUGUCGGAAAAGAAAAAAAGCAUAACUCACGUAUCCCCCAUUCACAACACAAUUCCAGAACAACCCCAUGUUAUAGAGGUGAUUCCGCUUUCGGGGUAUACUAUACCGCAGAGGCUGAAUAUAAGGAGGAGGUCUUCCCAGCCGUGGACCACUCUGUCCAACUGUUUAGGAAAAAAUGAGGAGAAAAUGCCUUAUCCGCCUACGAAAAGGAAUUCCAGUGUCCAUAGGCUGUCAUUGCAAAACAGCAUCCACAGGAGAAAAAAGAAAAAACACACGCCAAGAUUCAAUUCCGUUUCGAAAAUAGAUAGAGCAUCGAGGAUAGUAUUUCCCCUAUUAUUUGUAACAAUAAAUAUAUUUUACUGGUAUUCGUACCUUUCCAGAACCAACAGGAUACAUAAUCUAAGUGUAAAAUAAAAAAAAAAGUCCAUUUGUUGUCUGGAUGUCUAACACCGAGUGUUAUAAAAUUUCGUCGUACCUAUUUAAUUGUUUGGAACGUAUAGAACAGUCACGGGCAUACCGUCGUAUUUGUUGAGGUUGUAUUUAUGCGAAAAGAGCUGCGGUACAGGGUGUUAAAUGUUGCCCCAAAGCUGUAUAUUUUUAUAUGUGAAAAUAAAAAAUAAAGCGGAAUUUUGUUCCUUGUAUUGUUUUGUUAUAUCUACGCUGGUUAUUGGUUGAUUGAUUUCUUUCUUCAAAUAAAAUAAAAUCAGAGUAGAACGAAAUACUCGCACCAUACAGUGAAAAUAUAUAAUGUUGAUACCUAAGUGUUCUGAUUGCAUUUGCGCUUUUGCUCUCUGUCUGAAGCUUUUUUUUAUAUCCGAACUUCAUUUACCAAAUCGACUUAAUUUAC